AUGAUUGCUAUGCGGCUUCUCAUGGCCUUUGUAUUUAAUGGAUACAGCGGAGAGACGCUGCCUUUUGCCUUUGCAACACCAGAAGGGACGACAGAGUCUGCUGCUGCUGCCGCUGCUGCUGCUGGAGACACCCCAUCUAUAUACGAGUCGAAUGCAAUUGCCCAGCGCGCGUUGAUGCUGCUGCAGGCGCUGCAUCAGCAGCAGAAGCAGCAGCAGCAGUGCUGCAGCGAGUUGCACCGGCUGAGGGACCGCGGCCUAGCAACACGAAGGUAUCACGCCAGAAGCAGCAGUGGUAGCGACAUCAACAGCAGCAGCAGCGGCAGCAGCUGCAACAGCACGGACACCCGCAUACAGUUUCCCCCUUCUUUGGUUUCUCUGGUGUUGCCUUGGCAAGCAGCACCAGCGCCAGCAGCACAGAGUGCAGCAACAGCAGCAGCAACAGCAACAGCAGCAGCAGCAACAGGAGCAGACGUGCCGUCUGCUGCAGUGAUUCUACAGUGCGAAGCAGCAUCCCUCCUAGAUAUCGGGUUCAGCUCGCGUUUGCUGCUGCGGCUACUGCAGUUUGCUGCUUCUCUCACGGACUUACGUGUUCUAGCCAAGAUAGACCUUGCUGCUGCUGCUGCGCCGAGCAAGCAUCAACAGCAGCAGCAACAACAGCUGACAGAUGAGCUUUCAGAGCUUGCACUGUACGUUCGGCUUCUGCGGUGGCUGCAGCAGCGCGUCUCGGCCGCUGCUGCUAGGCAGCAGCAGCCGGAACAGCAGCAGCAGGAGGAGCAGCAUCAGGCGAGGGACGCCGAGCUACCGUGGGGCCCGGAUGCGUCUGUGGAGACCGUCGUCAGGGAGACGCUGCUGAGCGGGCGGAUCAGCAAGGGUUUGGUGUGGCUGCAGCAGCGGCUGCAGCAGCAGCAGCAGCAGCAGAAGCAGCAGCAGCAGCAGGUUUCCGCAAUGGAUUUGCUGCAGCAAGUCGCUGACCGAAUGGCCUACAGACUCUUUUGCUGCCAGCAGGCGGAGCUCUUCUUCGUGGGGCUGCAGAUGCUGCGGCAGCUAGGGGCUGAUAUUCCUGGUUUUUGUUUGCGGGCGGCGCUGCUCACUACGCGGACGCCCGUACGCCGCCGUUUGCUGCGGCACCUCUAUCACCAGAAGCAGCUACAGCCGGCGCACAUGAGCCUCAUCCGCAUCAUGCAGGUACUCGAGUUGCUGUUUACAAACCCUUCCUAUGAGGCGGAGCUAGCUAGGCGGUGUACGUCCCUAGCCAUUGCAGCAGAAGCAGCAGCAGCAGCAGAUGAUUAUUCUGCAGCAGAAGGAGACGCAUCUUCUGUCUCGCUGCACGUCGCGGGGGGCACCAAAGACACCCCGACAGCCAGCACCAGCAGCAGCAGCAGCAGCAGCAAUGGACCUGUUGCUGCAGCUUCAGCUGCUGCAGAAGAGUGUUGGCCAGCAGGUGGCGCCGCUGCCCUUCGCGCUGGGGCCCUGUGCGACGGUUACGUCUCCUUCAGGCUGAGAAAACAGAUCCUGCAGCAGCAGCAGCAGCAGCAGCAGCGGCAUCAGAGGGAGGAGCGGUGCGAGAGAAACAGCAGCCGUGUUGCUGCAGCAGCCGAGCCCAUUCCUGCCUUUACGCCUGAGAGACACCCCAAAGAAGCACUGAGGGCUUGGGCUCAUCUAAGAGCUGGGGAGGUGCCAGACCUCGCGGAGUGCUGCUUCUCUGGGGUUGCUACUGCUGCUGCUGCUGCUGCUGCUGCUCCCGAUGCCAACAGGCGCGACUGCAGCAGCAGCAACAAAGUUUCGCAGCAGCAACAGCAACAUCUGCUGCUGUCGCAGUGCGGUACAACAGACACUGCUCCGGUGUGCUUACAUCGCGCGUGCGGUGUACCCCUCGACGCCGAAGCAGAUCUGCUGCAGCUGCAGCAGGCAGCGACUGCUGCAGCAGCAUCGCAGCAGCAACAGCAGCACCACCAUCAAGCUGCCACCCUCCAAGCCAACCUCCGGGGCUCUUGCUCGGAGUGCAGUCGCCUGCUGGCAGCGGAGAAGGAUUUGUUUGCUCUCUUUACGACCCGGCCGCCUGCGAACGACCCAGGAGCAGCAGCAGCAGCAGCAGCAGCAACGCACGCGUCUCUGGGGGGUUAUAUCAGUCUGUCUCUCCUCGAGCUGUCUCUCUUUAAGCCCUCCGAUAUCCUGCGGAUAUUUGUAGAGGAGAGACACGUAGCCCUCAUCCACAAACUCCGUUCUCCCAGCCGGCGGAACAGCGGCAAACAACAGCAGCAACAGCAGCAACAACAGCAGCAGCAGCAGGGUGUGCGCACACUGUGGGAGGUGGCUGCGGGCUGUCUUGAUAUUGCUGAGGGGCCGAAAAGCUCUCUCGCGUGGAAAUGCAUUUUCUCUUUCUGUCUCCUUCACUUUGAUUGGAGGGGCAUCGCUCUGGCUGUCGCGGAGCUGCCUCUACACCCCAGCAUUGCAUGCGACCCGUGGGGACGCUUGAAGCUCGUGGGUUCUGCUGCUGCAAAAAGCAGCAGCAGCAGCAGCAGCAGUAAGAGGAAGCGGCUGCUGCUGCUGAACCGCAUUUUGUCUUUUUUGCAAAGACGCAGAGAGAGGGGAGAGUCUGUCUUCAUCGACGAGCUGCUGCUGCAGCAGUUGGCUCGCAGAGGCCUCUUUCUUGAGGCCGCCGGGGGAGAAACAGCAGCAGCAGCAGGAGCUGCAGCAGCAGAAACAGCAGCAGGAACAGCAGCAGAGACCACAGCAGUAGCAGCACAUACGGAGCCUGAUGAUACAGCACUGGCGCUGCUGUUGCAACGGCUCGCAAAGGCUGGCUGCCUGUUCAAGAGGAAGCAGCAGCAGCAGGAGGAAGAGCAACAGCAGCAGCAGCAGCAGCAAGAGCAGCAGCAGCAACAGCAGCAGCAGAAGCAUAUGUGUUUGUCUACCGAUGAAAUGCUUCCUCACUUCCAUCUCGCUGCCGACUUCGCAGCACAACAGCACUUGAAAGCGAAGAUCCGAGCCGACAGCAGCAGCAGCAGCAGCAGCAGCUUGCCUCAAUGGGUCCCCGUGGCGCUGCUAGGCCGACUGGGGAAUCACGCGCUUGCUGCUGCAGGCAUGCAGCAAGCAGCGGCUCAUCUGUGUCCCGAAGGAGGACCCGCUGUCUGCUUGGACAGUGAGGGGACAGCCUUCCUGCCCCUGUCUGCUGUUGCGCGUUUGUCUCCUCCGAUGUUCGUUUGUCUCCUCGCAUUCAUCCCGCAGCCUUCUGUUGCUGAUGCUGCUGAUGCUACUUCUGCUGCUGCUGCUCCUGCUGACAGUCAGAGACAGCUGGAGCUCUUCUCUGCCUCGCGCGAAGACCUGCGAGUUGGCGAAGGCGUACUUUGUGCACUCGACUGCCCCGGAGGAAGUGCAGCAGCAGCAGAAGCAGCGGGAGCAGCCGCAAGAGCCGGGGCAGCAGCAGCAACAGCAGCAGAAGUGCAGCAGCAGCAGAAGCAGCGGGAGCAGCCGCAAGAGCCGGGGCAGCAGCAGCAACAGCAGCAACAACAGGAAGAGGAGCAAGAGCAGCAGAGAGGGCCUGUGGUGCUGAAGACCUGUCUCUUCACUGCGUCUCUUUUCGAGCAGCAGAGGCGCAUAGCCCAGUACAAGUCUCCGAAAGAGCAGCAGCAGCUGCUGCUGCAGCAGAAGCAGCAGCAACAGGAGCAGCAAGAUCCCUCUUGCUUCCUUAUGGACAUGCAGACAUGGCGGAGGGACAUCUCCUUGCUAGACCUCCUCUCCGAGUGCUUUACCUCUCUCGACGUCAGGGCGUUGCUGCUGCCCGUUGAUGUUCUUGCUGCUACUGCUGCUGCUGGCCCUGCCGCUGCUGAUGCUGAAACGCAAGGAGUCACACUAACAAAAGCUGGGGCAGUAGCAACAACAGCAGCAACAGCAACGACAAGGAAAGCAAUAGAAGAGCUGCCGCCGGCAGUUAAGAAGGCCUUCAUAAGCGGAGAGGCAUUCACUUCUCUGCUGCAGCGGCUGCAUGCACCAGCAGGACCUCGAACUCGUGGCUUCAGCAGCAGCAGCAGCCAGCAGCAGCAGCAGCAGUGA